AUGCGCCGGCCACAUCAAUCCACCUCACAAUCCCCAUCUCGACACCGGGUCAGCGAUGAGCUCCUCUCGCGCCUUUCGCCGCCAUCAGCGGUGGAAGCUCUCAGAGUUCCCUCUGGACCUCUAAAAGCUUGUCUCAGCAACGCCUCAGCUUUCGAGCAGUCCUUCGCCAUGAAGACAGCUGUCGCUUCAAAGUCAAUACAUGAUUGGGUUGACGAACUUUCCGGCUGGCCGUGGCCUGCCGGUGGCGGAUCGGCUGGCUUCGAGAUGCCGCCAACUCCGCGCAGGAAGCUGUCCGGACCUUCCGACACGCCAAGGGAAGAUAACCCGAGUCAAGAUGAGGGGCCCGGCGCCGAACCUGAGACGGAAUACCUAGGCAGUCUGCCAGCGGAGGACGUUGACCAGUACGACAAGAGAAUCGACCAAAUACAGAAAGAGAUGGAUGACUUGGAUUUGGAGGAUAUCAAGACGCAGGUGCUGCAGAACCACAUUUUGCCUCUAUCCCGGCCAGGCACUCCAUUUUCGGACAGCGGACACUCGGUGGCAUCGACGUCCUUUGUCAAGAUGGAAGACUUGACGGCAGUUAUUACCGCCAUCACAGUGCAAGCCCUGCCAAAUCUAUCGAGACUUUCAAGAUUACUCAAUAUCUGGAGUGUCCGGUUGGCCGUUCUUCGUAAGGUUCCGACGUUGCUGUCAAGGGUGACAGAAGCCGAGGUUGCUCUCAAAUCAGGCUGGAAUGCGAUUCAAAUGCAGCUCAAGGCCGGAAAAGAUGCCCCUGCGGAUACCAGAGGCUCGGGGGAUGGUGUUUCUGCCCUUACGAGAAAGGAAUUCGAAAGUAUAAAAGCGGCAUUACAGCAAUUAGUAGCAAACCCAGGACGCGACGCUGACUACAUGCUGGAUGCCUUGGAAGGAAUGGCAGACAUCUUGCCAGACGAGUGGCUGGACCGCCUUGAGGCUGUGGAGAGAAGCUAUGCUGAAUGGGUUGUUACGGCCGACCGCCAGGUCCGAGAGGGCGAGUGGUCAAAUAUGCAAGCUGCAGCUUCACUUUCGGCGUCAGUGGGACCUAGGGCACCUCAACCCGAGAUCCAUAUCCAGGUCGCAAGCCCAACUCAGGAGGAAUUCGAUAACCGUAGCCUCGAUUACGAUGGCGUUCAUGAGCAACGGCCAACAAUAUCGCUAGCCAGCAAGGAAACCACAGGCCAGGAAGGGAAAACUGCAGGCAACUCGUCUCGGGCGCACGGCGCGCGAAGUCAUGAUGGAGCUGACGAUGGUGCACUCGACGGCAUCAACCAAACCGGCCCAGUAAUGUCAGAGACGGACAAAAGUAUUGGUCGCCUCCAACCUUCCGCCAUGAUUCGACCAGGCCUGGACCUGUCCAAGGGCAUUCCCGACCUCGAAGCGGAAUAUUCUUUUCUAGAAUCGGUAGUGGAGGAAUCGGAAGAGGAAGAAGAGGAGCUGGAACUGCCUCCACCCCGAUUUCAGACACGAAGAGAAAGCCAGGGAUCACUUGCUUCUUUGCUUGCAUGUAACGACUCGGACGAAGGUCGUGCUGGCGAAGAGUCACCCGAACUUGAGUUGCCCCGCUUGCCAGACCCAGACAGGCCGUUGUCAAGCGAUGCAAUCAGCCCGUCUAGCUCGCCACCCCUGCGCUAUAAACCUCGUUCCGCUUCAGUGACUUUUAAAGAACUUCCUGAAAUAGCCCCUAUGCCCGAACCCGACGACACCCCCCCUAGAACCCCGCUGGAGCAUGCUGAUGUCUUUGAUGCUGACACGACAUUUGAAUUCGAAAGUCGGUUCAGCACAUCGGGGCGAACGAGUGUUAUGGGCGACACCGACCAGCUGCACAAACAGAUUCACCACGUACUCAGUGGGCUUCCGGCUAAGAUCCGGCUGACCACGAGACCUUCCGCAAUCAACCUCAACCCCCCCGAUCUUGUGCUCCCCACGCGGUCGAGGCAAAAAACUCCAGAGCCUUUCCGCCGCAGUGGCUCCGCUGUGUCUACCAUGUCGUCUCGAGCAGGGACGCCUUCCUGGUUGAUGGCACCGGCCAAGACACCGCGACCGCGAUCAAAAAACAGUCAAGAAGCCAGACACUACUACCUCUCACGGUCGGCUGGCGAGGCGCCUCUGAAGCUACUGAUUCGCUGCGUGGGAGAGAACGGCGAACGAGUCAUGGUCCGAGUAGGCGGUGGAUGGGCCGAUCUCGGCGAGUAUCUCAAGGAGUACGCCGUUCAUCACGGCCGAAGAUCCCAGGGCGAAGGCAAGAUAGAGGUUAGAGAUGUGCCAGCAGCCGCGUCCAGCAGAGCUGGAUCAAGUCCGCCAAGCCGCCCGGUGUCUGCUCUUGACUCCCCAAAGUCACCCCUGCACGUCCGGAAGACUAGAAAGAGUCUGGGCGAAGAGGGUGCGACAAGGAUGAGGCCCAAGACACCGCUGGCCAUGAACACGCAGAGGGCCGUCACGCCUUCUUCGGCGAACUCGGCGAACUCGGCACAUUCGUCAAGUUCGAGAUCUCGGACCCCUUCGCGCGCGGGAUACGAGGACGAGAGCAGCGUCUUGGGUAUGUCGGGGCCGCGCCCCAACUACGAGGAGAAACUGAGCGAGGAAGGCAAGGCCUGGGUCGAGGAUGUCCAGAGCAAGGUCCGUUCUGCUAGCGGCGGGCGAGCCACGUUUGAGCACCUCAAGGCGGAAGGGAAACUUGGCGAACUGGGCAAGGUCGGUGGGACCAAGAGGGUGUUCAGGAAGAACUUGGGCUAA